CUCUCAGAGUUGAUUCAGAGCGCCAGUACUUGCGCACAUGCCGUGUUGAGAAGUCGGUCAUAUCACCGAACGCUCUCACAAAACAGCUGCUGUUGUGUAAAGUGAGUAGGAAAAUCGAAUCGUAUCCGGUGGAAAUUGAUAGGCCUAGGAAGAUAAUCUGAUUGUAUCCCGUUGAAGAACAUUCAUCUCGCAGUUUAUGUUAUUAUCAGCGAUAAGAAUCGAAAUCAAUAUUCAGUUGAGUGGAUUUUGAAGCCUUAUCAAUUUAGCAAGUGAAACGGUUAAACCGGUUUUAAAAAUAUUCUAGUGAGUAAAGGUGAAGAACACUGUAGAACUCAAACAUGAUGGAUAAUCUGGAAUCGAAAAUAACAUUCGAAAUACCGAAUCAUCUUGAUUUCGACAAGCUAAUUCGAGGGAACAACCUGUCAAUGUUCUGGCCCAGUUUGCACUACCAGCAGAACGCCGUGGACAGAGUAGCGGGGAUGGGAUCCCUGGGCUCUGCCGGUGAAUCAAUUUUUGGUGAUUACAAUUCGAGUGAUUUCAACCUAUUAAGUAGUCUACAGAGCUUUGCGAGUCAUAGUGGAUCGGCACGAUUGGGCGAUGGCAGUGAACAGAUGCUGGAUCCUACCUACGAGCGCUUUAUCGGAGACGUUUGGGUCGGUAUCGUGCUGACACUGAUGAUUCUUUCGUCGAUAUUCUGCAUGUGUUCCUGUUUUCUUUACCACAAAUUUCGGCAGUGGCAAAGGAGUGUUUUGACUGCCCGAUCACAAACACUGUCUAGCAUGGACGUGGAGACACCUCCUCCCUACGAUGUUGAAUCCCUGCCGAGCUACACGAUCGUAUCCGGUCUGCCUAGCUACAACGAUGCGAUAGAGCAGCUCAAGCAGAAGCAACAGCUAAAAUGUGCUGAGUACGAGCCGGUCAAAGUUCACCGGCCAUCAGUUAUCAAACUGUUCGAAUCUCAGUCUCAGGAUCUGAUGGGAGGGGCUAAACUGGAGGAAAUCCGGUACAAUUUUGUGAACGCUCGCUCGACCAGUCAGCUGAUUGGGAUCGAGAGCUCUGGUGAAGGUACACCAACGACGAGUGCCAACUUCAGCCAGACGACAACAGCAGUAGCAAACAGCAAACGCCAAAUCUCUGACAUAGGAAGUAGCAAUGCUAGUCCUAUGGCUUCGAAAAAAACCAAUACUUGUAGAUACGAAAUUGGAAAUGAUCGAACUAGUGCGACGGGAAGUUGAGUAGACAUUUCUUAUUAUGCAUUAAGGAGAUCUUACGUGAAACAAUGACUGUGUUAUAAAUAACUUAUUUAUAUAAUAAUAAAAGACAUGUAUCGUGAAUUCACACAGAGGUUCUAGAAAUGAACAAAGUUCUAUUUUUAAAAAGUGAUCAUUUUAGUGAUGUUGGAUAUUUAUAACAGCUCUCAAUAAACUAGGAAAUUAAAUCUAA